CCAGCACUUGGGGUAUCUUCAAUAAAAUGGAGAAACUGAAAAAAGGGAUAAAAUGAUAUAAACCGAGUUUAAAAAGUAAAAAGUGCUGAGUCACAUAGCAAGACCUGGAUUGGCUGAAAGACAUGGCCUGAGAAAUGAAACGUUUACUGGUGCAGUGAAUUGUUGGAUCUGAAUUGCAUCAUCUAAUUGGAAGGGGCACAGAUAAUUUGUCAGCAGGGAUCUGAAGGAGAAAUUUUAAAUAUUCAAAAGUUUGGAACAAGUUGCACUUCUGGUAUUUCUGAAAGACACCACCGCUUCGCUGGGUGAACUGCUGUCUCUGCAACGUGAGUUGAUGUUUGGUGUUGGAUGAGUCACCCAAGCACUGACUCGACACAGAAUACAACAGAGGUUUACCGUUCACCCGGCAGCUCAGUGGCUUUUCUUGGAGUGGAUGAGAAUGAAAGGAAGAUUACUGAAGUUUUUCAGUGGAAAAAACUUCAAGAACACCCAGGGAAAGAACCCUCCGUGGAACAAGUUCUCGAGUAUCAUGUGGGAUCCGCAAAACCUUCCUUAAUACAAAAAUACAACGGGCGCAUCGACUUCUCCCCCUACAAUGGAUCACUUGUCUUCAGUCAUCUGACUUAUGCAGAUGAUGGUCUUUAUAGACUUUACAUUAAUCUACAAAGAAAUAUUAUUCAAGAUGUUCGUCUGCAUAUAAUGGAUAAGCUGUCCAAACCUUCGAUAUGGAAUAACGCCAGCUCUCCGGGUUCCACCAUCCAGCUCAUGUGUAACGUGGGAGAUGCUUCGAGCUAUCAGUGGUGGAAAGAUGGAAGGGAGGUCUCCCAUCACCUCCAAGAUGGGAACAGAAGCCUUGUUAUCCCGAGCGCUUCCAGAAGUGACUGUGGAAAUUACACCUGUGUUGCCACCAAUCCUGUCAGCUCUGUACAAGCAAACUACCAGCUAACCAUUCACGGUCUUCUUCCUGUGGAGACUGUCAUUGUGGCGGCAUCGAUUGUUGGGAUAGUAUCUUCUGCAGUGUCAUUUGUUGGAUUGCUGCUACUGUGCUGCUUGCGGAGAGAAUUGAUACAAGCGUCAUUGAAACAGUCCAAACUUCUGUUUUUGCUCCUGUUUAUCUGUAACAAUGUGUCUCUUGUUGCCAUCUCUAUUGCCCUCAUUUUCUGGAUUGUGAUUAAAGGAGCUGCCUCUGUACCUGUGGUUGCUUUGUGCAUUGCACUUAUCCUGCUGGCUUUUAACGUCUGCCUGACCAUCAGCAUUGGGAACUUGGGUUGCAAGUGUAUCAGUCGCUUCUUAGACAGCACAGGUUUGCGAGCUUCGAUUGACUUCUGCGGAAUCAUAAGCUCCUUUGUUGUGAUCGUCUUUUCGAUCGUCAUCCUUGUUGAAGAGAUUCAGCAAAGCAAUGAAGGUUGUUACGUGACAAUUCUAACCUGGAGCAUACUGCCCCCAUUGUUCACCGUUCUUGCUGUAAUCUUCAUUGCAUCUGUAGCAGUGUGGUGGAAAGGAAAUGGAGAUACGAGCUGUGAAUCAAAUGAUCAAGCAGCACAGCAGGAAGUGAUGAUCAGACUUGAAUCUCAGAACCACUCUGAGAAUGAAGGCGACCGCUGAUAUUUUUGAAAAUUGCUUGCAAAAGGACUCUAUCUUCAUUAUUCUGCUGCUGGAAGUAGAGUAGAGCCACUGUAUCAAGGCUUAUCACAAACAGCUUAGACUAGAACAAAGAUGCUUCUGAUGCUGCAUUACUCUUCUGUAUUACUCCAGGAACUUGCAGUUUUCCUAUUCAUUCAAAAUGGAGCCAACUGAAGUGAUGAUAUUUCUUCGCCAUGCUCAGACUGUGAAGCAACGGGACACCUCAGGAAACAGGGGUUCCACUGACUGCGUGCUGUUCAUUAGAAGUUAUUGUCAGUUUAACUCAAGAAUGUGAACAUCAGACCUCGCCUUCAAUUUCACAGCCAUGCCAGUCUGUUUACAUUUACAACAACAAACAACCUGUUGGAGGGACUCAGUGUGCUGAGCUCCCUCUGGAAUUGUCGGUGAUUUGGGCCUUUGUGAAAUUUCCCACAUUAUUUCACAGCACUGCCAUUCACCAGAAGCCAAAUACUUGAAAUCUGAAAUAAAAGUAGAAAAUAAAAGGAGCAGCUAACAGGUCAGGCAGCAUCUGUGGAGGGAGAAACAGUGACCCUGUCACUGGCAUGAUCCUUGAUCUCUGUGCAGAGAAUCAGCUGGAUCUUGUGCUUUUUCUGAUUUUUUUUUUCUGCAGAUUUAUUGCUUCAGAUUCCAGCAUCUGCAUUCUCUUGUGUCUCCCAAAUAUUCACAGCUGGGUAAGCUAACUUCAACUUCCAAAUUCCACAUUGAUGUGCCUGACCACUAAUUGUGUUAUUUGUAGAAUGUCAGCUGUCUUGUCUCAAGGCAUCAUUGUAUUGCCAGCUAGGAACAGCCAACUGAGAUCAACUGGAAUUCCACUGAUGUUAUAUUUUUCACUAUUUUUAUCAAUAAGUUUCAGCUUCACAUGUCUAUCCUGGGCAAUAACAGAAUGGUCUCAUGCUGUAGGUUACCAGUAACCAUCCAGCCAGGACAUUGGGGCAUCUGAUAACCUGGUGGAUGUCAGAGCCUCAUCCAUCAAUGGGAGUUUGCAUUUGGAAAAGGAAGGGAGGGAAAAAGCAGCAUAAAUUAGAGUGAAAUUGGGUACAGAAAAUGGAAUUAAGGGAAGGAAAUGAGGGUUGGAUCUCAAUGGAGAGAGAAAACAGUACACAAAAGCAAACAAAGUUAUAUUUUAAUACGGUUAAAACCACUUCACCAUCCGUAGGAAUGAGACCUGGCAUUCAACUUGUUCCCUUUCUGGGCUAGAGAUGUUGACUGAGAUCACACAAAUCUUUAUCAUUAUUACUUGCAUUGUUGAGGGACAGCCCCAAGUCUAAUCAAUAAGUUCAGUCAACACAAGUAGAACAAUUUCUUGAGCUUGAGGGCACUUUUGUGCUUUCAAAAACUUGGACUGUUGAAACUGCCCUGCGUUGCAUAGAAGCUGCCAAUACAUUCAUAACACUGAAUUCCGUUAAGUUUAUCACCUUUUUUUUGGCAGAAAAUUCUGAGCCAAUUAACUGUUCCCACAUCAAAACUGGCAUUGUGAAGCAUCCCAUGUUGCUUCACAUCACCGCCAUCGACCAGAAGUAAAGGAUUUGAAAUCUAGAACAAAAGCAGAAAAUGGUUAAAAACUCCCAAUGGGUCAGGUGGCGUCUGUGGAGGGUGAAACAGUGAUCACAUCAAUGGCAUGAGCUGUGAGUUCUCUGUGCAGGGAAUCUGCCUGACCUUGUAUGUUUUCCAACUUGUUCUGAUCCGAUCAGAAUUACACCUGAGCUACAAUGGCUUGGAUUGCACUGAUGGUGAGCUGGCUGUUGUGUAGUGAAUCACUGUCUGUUUGGUGCUUCUGUUAGAUCUCCACACUUGCCAACUACAUUGACCCCUUGGACCAUUCCAGGACAUCUUCUCCCCCCUCUCUCUCCCCACCCCCCCCCCCCCCCCCCCAAACUAAAUCCAGGAGUGGUUCCCAUUGGGUUCCUCAGCUCCUAUACCAACAGAUUUAGUGGCCAGUGUAGAUUGUUUCUGUUGUGUGGGUGAGUGGUAGAGUCUGUGCAGAGAUGAAGGGAAUGUGUGGGAAGAGAAAAGAAAAUGGAAUUAGAGUAAGUCAGUUGAUGGUCAGGGCAGACCCGAUAGGCAGGGGCCUGUUCCCGUGCUGUAUCGCUCUGUGACUCCAGGCAAAGGUGAGCUUAAUGCGAGCACCAAGUGUGGCUGCAUUGCUGAGGUUCUACCUGUCCGCAUUGUUGUGACGGAUGGGCCUAGCCUUGUCACCAGGCAGUAUUCCACUCAGUUGGACCUUAACGCACUACCUGCCCCUCAUUAAAACAAAAGUCCCCACAGAGAAACACCCGCGGGAGAGGGAUACAGCCGAUUCUGUGGGAUGGUUUCUCGAUCUGACAAUCAAAGCCCUUUUGGCAGAAAACCUCGUCACCCAAACUCACCAACAAACACCGAGACCUCACUUGACCGGCAGUGGGGUAUCCGUCCCUCUCAGAUCCUUCCUGCACAGUCGGACCCUCACUCCCGGAGCGUGCUGCUCUCAGAAUGGCAUGCCGUUGGGCUGUGGGAGGAAACCAGGAGCACCCGAGGCAAACACACGUGGCCACAGGGAGGACGUGCAAACUCCACUUACACAGGCAGCACCGGAGGUCGGGAUCGAACCCGGGUCUCUGGGGCUGUGAGGCAGUGGCUGUACCUGCUGCACCACUGGGCUGCCUAAUUUUAACAUAUUUUAACUUUGUAAAUCUCUUUUCCUGCAACACAUCUGGAGGCCAUUCGGCCUAUUGCAUUAAUGCUGCCUCUUAGAGCAAUCCCCUCAGUCCCAUUAACACUGCCCCCCCCCCGUGUUCCCCUGUGAACUAUUCUCUCUCAUGUGCCCAUUAAUUUCCCGCCCCCACCCAAUUCUUUGGCCAGGGGUCAUUCACAGCAAGUCUUUGGGAUGUGGAAGGAGACAUGCAAACUCCACACAGACAGUGCCAGAGGUCAGAAUUGAAGCCAACUCCCUGGAGUUGUCAGGCUGAAGUACUAACAGCUGCAUUGCUGUGCAUCCCUCGAGGGCAUGUGCGUGUGCAGCCACUCCCACCAGAUGGAAGACCCUCCAGUGACUGAAGCAGGAUUCGAACCCUUCACCUGCUGACACUGAGUCAGGAAAGCUAACAGCUCCCUCCCCACACUGUAGAUUAAUUGAACCCAAUUCCCCCACCUCCCUUGUGGUAGAAUUUGAACCCCUGUUUCUGAAUUUAAUGGACCAAGUGUUCUACUUAUUAGUCUAAUUCCUCUACUGUUCUUCCACCAAACCAGCUGGUGAUGAGGGAUGGUGGUGAAUUUAACAACAAAAGUUCUCAGAAUGUUAUUUAAGGGAAUGACACUAAGGUACAUCACACUGACCUGGCCAGUUGGGACAAGUGAGGAGAUCUACCACCGUGAUCCUGGUUUUGGGAAGCUGGUUCAGAGAAGUCAGGGAAGAGAGUGUCAAGUCUAUGAAUGUAGAUAUGUAAUGAAGACCCAUUCUUGAAAUAAGCUGUAGUCGUAAGGUACUGAAAAGCAUACAACUUGCAGUGUAUUCAGGGAGAGAAGAUAUUUUCUGGAUAAGUUUAUGGAUAAAAUUGAACAUUUUCAAAAUAUCUGUGUAUUCCCCUACCUCAAGCUAUUGUAUGAAUACUGUUGUCACUUUGGAUUGUUUCCUUAUGAAGGAUGUGAAAAUUUUUAUAAGCUUUAUUUUGAGGAAAUAAUAAACAGAAAAUCUA